AUGGCUAUCACAGAACUCUUAGUGUCCCCUUGGGCACCCGUGGCUCUUGUCGUCGCCUUCGUUGCAUGGUAUAUCCUCCCAUGGGUCAGCAACAAGGACCUCCGCGGUAUCCCCGCUCCUUUUCCGGCACAGUUCAGCAACCUUUGGUUGCUAUCAACAUGUCGAAGAGGAAAACGUUAUGAAAUUGUUGAUCAAGUCCACAAGAAGCUGGGCCCCCUCGUUCGAAUUGCACCAAACCACGUCUCUGUUGCUGAUGCAGAUGCUAUCAACACUAUCUACGGUCACGGAAAUGGUUUCCUGAAAGCUGACUUUUACGAUACCUUUGUGUCUAUCCGUCGUGGUCUUUUCAAUACGCGUGAUAGAGCUGAGCAUUCUCGCAAGAGAAAGAUUGUUUCGCACACUUUUGCUCCCAAGUCUGUUCUAGAGUUUGAGCCUUAUAUCCGCCAGAACCUUGAGAUUUUUGUCAAGCAGUGGGAUCGCAUCUCUAGCAGCAAGGAGCGUGAUGGUUAUGGACGCGUUGACUGUCUCAACUGGUUCAAUUUUCUCGCUUUCGACAUCAUUGCCGACCUCGCUUUUGGAAAGCCAUUUGGAAUGCUCGCUUCUGGUGCCGACAUCGCUGAAGUAAAGGCCUCCCCCACCAGUCCAACCAUCUACGCCCCAGCCGUCGAAAUCAUGAACCGUCGCGGCGAAGUUUCCGCAACUCUCGGCUGUCUCCCUCAACUCAAGCCCUACGCCAAGUAUCUCCCCGAUCCCUUCUUCAGCCAAGGCCUCCAGGCCGUUGAGAACCUCGCUGGUAUCGCCAUCGCACGUGUUAGCGAGCGUCUGGAACGCGGCGGUGACUCUACCAGAAAGGACCUUUUGGCUCGUCUCAUGCAGGGUCGCGACGAGAAGGGUGAACCCCUUGGUCGCGAUGAACUUACCGCUGAGGCUUUGACUCAAUUGAUUGCUGGAAGUGACACGACAUCUAACUCUUCUUGUGCUUUGUUGUAUCAUAUUGUCAGGACACCUGGAGUUUUGCAAAAGGUCUACGAAGAGGUUUCUGCCGUUAUGCCUGAAGGCGUUGAUAUUCCCGACUUCGAGUCUGUCAAGCACCUCCCCUACCUCGGCCACUGCAUCAACGAGACUCUCCGAAUUCACUCCCCAUCUGGUAUCGGUCUACCCCGCGAGGUUCCCCCCAACCACAAGGGCGUCACCAUCCACGGACGAUACUUUGGCCCCGGCACAGUCCUCAGUGUUCCUACAUACACCAUCCAUCACUCGACAGAAAUCUGGGGCCCUGAUGCUGAUGACUUUAAGCCUGAGCGUUGGGAGACUCUGACUGAUAAGCAGAAGAAUGCUUUCAUUCCUUUCAGCUACGGACCUCGUUCUUGUGUAGGACGUAAUUUGGCGGAGAUGCAGAUGAGGAUGAUUGCUGCUACUUGGAUUAAGCGAUAUGAUGUUGUUUUGAGACAGGAUGUUAUGGAGACUAGGGAAGGAUUUCUGCGUAAGCCGAUGGGUUUGGAUGUGGGAUUGGCUCGACGAUAA